UUCGCUUUUAGUUCAAAGGUCAAAAGGCAGCUGUGCAAUGUGCAUAUGGCGCAUGUUCAUGCAGCAAUGUGGUUACUUGUCGUAUAAAAGUGCAGUAGUUCUACCAUAGAUUGACUUUUCAUCGUGUUGUAAUUUGAGUAUUUAAAUAAACUUGUUGUAGAGGAUAGUUUUGGUGUAGGAAAUGGCAGGUCCAGAGCUGCUGCUAGACUCCAGUAUUCGCCUGUGGGUCGUUUUGCCCAUAGUCUUCAUCACAUUCAUCGUCGGAGUUUUGCGGCAUUACGUCACUCAACUGCUUCAUAACGAGAAGAAAGUGGAUCUGCAGCAGGUGUCUGACAGCCAGGUGUUGCUGCGCAGCCGCAUCCUGAGAGAAAAUGGAAAAUAUCUUCCCAAACAGUCAUUUGCCAUGCGAAAACACUAUUUCAACAACCCUGAGACUGGAUUCUUCAAGAAGGUCAAAAGAAAGGUGAUCCCCAAAAACCCCAUGACCGACACCAGCAUGUUGACGGACAUGAUGAAAGGGAACCUGACCAAUGUGCUGCCAAUGAUUCUGAUUGGAGGAUGGAUCAACUGGGCCUUUUCUGGUUUUGUCACAACUAAAGUUCCGUUUCCUCUGACGCUGAGAUUCAAGCCCAUGCUACAGAGAGGAAUUGAGCUGCUCUCUCUAGAUGCAUCCUGGGUCAGUUCAGCAUCAUGGUAUUUUCUCAAUGUGUUUGGGCUCAGAAGCAUGUACACCCUCAUCCUUGGACAAGACAAUGCUGCAGAUCAAUCAAGAAUUAUGCAGGAUCAAAUGACGGGAGCCGCAAUGGCGAUGCCUCCUGAUCCUAAUAAAGCAUUUAAGAGCGAGUGGGAAGCUCUGGAGAUUGUGGAGCACAGAUGGGCCUUGGAGAACGUAGAGGAGGAACUCAUGUGUCAGGAUCUGAACUUCAGAGGACUCUUUAGCUAAGAACUACAGUAAAAACAACCCUGAUUGCAAAUCACCAGUGCUGUUAAGAUGGUUUAAUUCACAAGCAGAUGUGAUUCUUAACACAGGACUCAUAGACUCCAGUGAUCCUGAUAGCGUUUAGUUUGUUUUGAAUGAAUGUGAAUGGCCUGCAAAGCAUCUACAAUAUGUCUGACAUGUUUUUGUCAACUGUGAGCGUUGCACAUGAACAUUUAAUUUGUUGUAAGCCACAGUGUAGAUCUAAAUUGUAUUCAUUUUUGCCAGAGGUGUUAGUAUACAUAAGUUCUCAUGUCUUAAUUGUCUAUUUAUGUGUGAAGUGAUGCCUUGAAAAUAUAUUUUCGGGUUAGUUGUUUCUUAAAAUGUCAGUUCGGUUUUCAUCUUUGAUUAAACAGUCUCUAUCCGGCAGAUUUUCUCUGGUGUGGUUUGUAACAAGUUCUUUAUUUACAAGCCAUUAUUUCAGCCAGAGAGAUAUUAUAACAGCAAAUUGAAUGUCAAACAGAUACUAUUUUGGUUACUGUACAAGAGAUAUUUAAUAAACAUUAUAUGGAACCCUAAGGUGAGGAGGAAA